AUGGAGGAGCUGCAAGAAAAAAUGAACAAGUUUAUUAAGAUGGAGGAUCAACGGUAUUUUCGUCGGAAAACGGACGCUGCCACAGCCGAGACAAAACAGGAGGGGGGACGAUCACGGGACAAAAACCGUAAUCAUAAACCGCCGCAAAAACCCACCCCUACUCCUUACAAUCCUCAGUACAACCGGUAUGCCCCACUUACGGCCUCGAGGGAGAAAGUAUUUGAAAAAGCCCUACAGGCCAACUUAAUUACCGCCGCCAGGCGGGUGACUCCGGAUGCCGCAGACGGAGCUAAAAUUUGCAGAUAUCAUGGCAAUCAGGGGCAUACUACAGAAGAAUGCCGGGUCCUCAAAGACAGAAUUGAAAAGUUGAUUCGUGAAGGACAUUUGCAGGAAUUUGUCCGAACAGACGCACGCCGACGAGACCGGUCCCCUAGGGGGAUUAGAAGAAGUCUCGAGCAUACCAGAAGAAAUGCCGAGCAUUCCCGGGAUCAUCACCGUGAACGCUCUCGCAGUAGACCCCAGAAGCGCGACCCCACUCCGCGGGGACGGAUCGACACCAUAUCGGGCGGUUUUGCGGGAGGAGGGGCCUCAUCCUCAGCUCGCAAAAGGCACGAGAGAAGUUUACGAAGUGUUCACAACAUCGCCCGCAACCCUUUAUCGAUGCCGGACAUCAUCUUCACAGACGAAGAUUUUCAUGCUCCCGAUCCCGAUCAAGAUGAUCCAAUGGUGAUAACAGCUCGUAUAGCAGAGUAUGAUGUAAGUAAAGUUCUGAUUGAUCAGGGCAGCUCCGUCAACAUCCUAUAUUGGACCACCUUCCAAAAGAUGGGACUAUCAGAAGAUAUAAUAGCACCCUUCGGAGAGCAAAUUGUCGGUUUUGCAGGCGAACGGGUGGAUACUCGAGGAUAUGUUGAUCUCAGAACCCGGCUGGGAACUGGUGACAGGGCCAAAGAACUCCGUACGCGGUUCCUGUUGGUAGAAGCCCACACCUCCUAUAACGCCCUCCUAGGGCGGCCGUGCCUCAAUGCCUUCGGUGCCAUAGUUUCCACUCCUCACCUAGCGAUGAAAUUUCCUUCGGAAGAAGGAAAGAUAUGUACCAAAGACAAGACAUAUCGUAGAGAAAAACGUUCAGAAGCAAUAUUGGUCGAUUUGGAUCCCAGGACCAACACUGAUGAUCGCAUUCAACCCCAAGGGGAAACCAAACAGUUCAUUCUCGGCAAAAACGCCGACCAAACCACCUCCAUUGGCGCCGGCUUGACGCCAGAACAAGAGAGGGACCUAACUGNANUGCUAAAGUCGAACANCAAACUUUUUGCAUGGACCGCCUCUGACAUGCCAGGAAUUCACCCCAGCGUGAUCACCCACAAGCUGUCAAUAUUUCGUGAAGCCCGUCCGGUAGCUCAGAAGAAACGACGACUAGGCAAUGACAAAAGGGAAGUCGUGCAGAACGAGGUAGACAAACUGGUGAAGGCCGGGUUUGUCCGGGAAAUCCGAUACAGCACUUGGCUCGCGAACGUUGUGAUGGUAAAGAAAGCGAACGGUCAGUGGCGAAUGUGUGUUGACUUCACUGAUCUAAACAAAGCCUGUGCGAAGGAUAACUACCCCCUUCCCAGCAUCGACCGGUUAGUAGACGGUGCUUCGGGACACGCGGUUUUGAGUUUCCUUGACGCUUAUUCCGGGUACAACCAAAUUCCCAUGCACAGCCCAGACCAAGAGAAAACAGCUUUCAUAACAGAGCAUGCCAAUUACUGCUACGAGGUGAUGUCGUUCGGUCUAAAAAACGCCGGCGCAACUUACCAACGACUCAUGGACAAAGUCUUUCGAGAACAAAUCGGGCGGUGUAUGGAAGUUUAUGUAGACGAUAUGGUGGUAAAGAGCUCUUCGCACCAGCAACAUUUGAAAGACCUGGCUGAAGUCUUUCAACAACUCCAGCGGUAUGACCUACGAUUGAACCCGUUGAAGUGCACCUUUGGGGUGCAAGCAGGCAAGUUCCUAGGUUUUUUAUUAACCGACCGAGGAAUAGAGGCCAACCCAGAUAAAUGCCGGGCGAUUUUGGAAAUGCGGAGCCCAACGAAACUUAAGGAGGUCCAAUGCUUAGUCGGACGCCUUACCGCUUUAUCACGAUUUAUACCGAAGCUCUCCGACCACAUCAAGCCCAUAAUAAAGAAUAUGAAGCAGAACGUGCCCCGGCACUGGGACGAUCAGUGCGAAGCUGCCUUCUCCAUUAUAAAAAAUAUACUAACGUCUCCGCCAGUUAUGGCGCGACCAACAGAAGGCUUCGAUUUGCAGCUAUAUUUGGCGGCCUCUAACCAUUCGGUAAGCGCCGCCCUCAUUCAAGAAUCUCCAAUUCUUAAACUAAUUUAUUUUGUUAGCAGAACUUUACAGGGAGCAGAAGAACGAUAUUCCCAGGUGGAGAAAGUAGCUCUCGCUUUAAUUACUGCGGCGAGAAGACUCCGACCGUACUUCCAGAGCCACCAGAUCGUUGUUCGAACCAACCACCCCAUCGCUAAAAUUCUCCGCAAGCCAGAUCUCGCAGGUCGAAUGGUUGCCUGGUCCAUUGAAUUGUCAGAAUUCGGCCUCCGGUUCGAACCGCAAGGCUCCGUCAAGGGUCAGCAUCUGGCCGACUUCGCAGCAGAGCUCUCGCCGGUAACCAUGCCGCCCACAUGGACUUUAAGCGUGGACGGUUCCUCGGACAGGAAAGGAGGCGGUGCUGGAGUCGUACUCGAAGGACCAGACGGUCUACUUGUCGAACAGGCCAUAUCCUUCAACUUUCAACUCAGUAAUAAUCAAGCCGAGUACGAAGCCCUAAUCAGCGGGCUACUUUUGGCGGUAGAAUUGGAGAUCGAGCGUCUGGAAUGCCGAAUGGACUCACAGCUGGUCGUCGGCCACCUUAAUGGCACUUUCCAAGUCAAAGAUAAUCAUCUGUUGCGAUAUUAUCAUAAGGUGAGUGAUUUGAUCAAAUCAUUUCUCAGUUUCAGCAUUACACAUGUACCCCGAGCACAGAAUUCCCGGGCGGAUCUGUUAUUUAAACUGACGCACAGUCGGAACAAAUCGCAACUAACCUCUGUGAUCCGAACCACGUUGGAUAAACCCUUGUUAGAAACAUGCUCCAUUGAUCUCACCGGCUCAAAGACUGACUGGCGACACGAAAUCAUACAACUAAUGACUCAACAGGAGCAGGGCGGGUUCGUAAGCGCCUCCGACGCUAAACGAAUCGCCCGUUAUACAUUUGUCGGCGACGACCUUUACCGACGCGGGUAUACUACCCCACUGUUGAAGUGUCUAUCUACAGAUGAAGGACAAUAUGUUAUUCAAGAGCUGCAUCACGGAAUUUGUGGAACACACUCGGGCAAGAAAUUACUUCGAGCAAAAAUACUACGAGCUGGCUUCUAUUGGCCCACCAUUGACAGAGACUGCGCAGAUUUCGUGCGAAGAUGCAUCUCUUGUCAAGCUCACGGACAAGACAUCCGAAUCCCUCCAUCAGAACUCAUGGGGAUCAUUCCCCCAUGGCCCUUUGCUCAGUGGGGGAUGGACAUCGCUGGUCCCUUGCCGGUCGGAAGCGGACAGCGCAAAUAUCUCCUUGUAGCAGUUGACUAUUUUACCAAGUGGAUAGAAGCGGAGGCCCUCGCUACAAUUACCGCCCGGAAGGUGCAGAGUUUCAUUUGGCACUUAAUUUGCAGAUUCGGCAUUCCACAAAAACUUAUCACAGAUAACGGUCGGCAAUUCAUAGACCGAACGCUAGAGGAUUUCCUCCGAGGGUUUGGCAUCAAACAUGUUACUAGCUCGGUGGAACAUCCCCAAACUAACGAUCAAGCAGAGGUCGCUAACAAAGUCAUCGUUGCAGAAUUGAAGAAACGACUAGGACAAGCGAAAGGUUUAUGGGUUGAAGAGUUACCUGAGGUAUUGUGGGCCUACCGUUGCACACCGCACGACCCUACCGGAGAAACCCCGUUUAACCUCACAUAUGGAACGGACGCUAUGUUACCGGUCGAAGUGGGAGAGCCCUCCUUGCGGCGAAAUAUGCAAGAUAUGACCGUCAAUGAUCAACAGUUGAGGAUAAACCUAGACGCCUUGCCCGAACGACGUGAAGCAGCCUUAGUUAAAAAUGCAGCUCAAAAAAGACUUAUCACUCGGCGUUACAACUCCAAAGUUAAACCACGCAGCUUUGCCGAGGGAGACCUAGUUUGGCGUAAAAGAGGAGACGCCCGGAAAGACAGAACGCACAAAAAACUCGCCGACAAAUGGGAAGGACCAUUUCGCAUCUCGGACGACUUGAAAAACGGAGCAUAUCGCCUGGAACAUCUUGACGGAACAAACGUUCCCAACACAUGGAACGCGACUCAUCUUAAAUUUUAUUAUAGUUGA